AUGUCCGCCAAGUCCAUCCUCGAGGCAGACGGCAAGGCCAUCCUCAACUACCACCUCACCCGCGCCCCCGUCAUCAAGCCCACGCCGCUGCCCCCGGCCGCCACACACAACCCCCCGCCCAAGCUUGCGUCGCUGCACUUUGCCGCCGACGAGGAUGUCAAGGGCGUCCUCGACCAGGCCGAGGCCACAUACCCGUGGCUGCUGACGCCCGGCUCCAAGUUUGUUGCAAAGCCAGAUCAGCUCAUCAAGAGGCGAGGCAAGAGCGGCCUGCUGGCCCUCAACAAGACGUGGGCCGAGGCUCGCGCGUGGAUCGAGGAGCGGGCAGGAAAGUCGCAGCGCGUCGAGACGGUCGACGGUGUCCUGAGGCAGUUCCUGGUCGAGCCCUUUGUGCCCCACCCCCAGGAUACCGAGUACUACAUCAACAUCAACUCUGUGCGAGAGUGGCGGCAUACGUGGAAAAGACAUGUUUGGGUGCUCGAGCGGGAGCCUGCACCCAGGUGCGAACGGGACGCAAGGUUUGGCUCAAGCACACGGGCGCCUGGCCUGCUUUUGUUUGAAGGCCGGCCGGACGAAGGGAACGAUGUCCGACCCACUUCUGCAAAGCACCAACUCCCUUGCGAUACGCACGUCCACUGUCACAUGCCAAAUUUCCCUGCUUUGCCAGCGUAUUACGUUGCUGUACCAGCAUUUCUCACUCACCGGCCCUUGGUGUUGCGGCUCUUGCCAGCGGCACCUGGUGACUGGAUCCUCUUCACCCACGAGGGCGGUGUCGAUGUCGGCGACGUCGACGAGAAGGCUGAGAAGCUGCUCAUCCCCGUCGACCUCAAGGAGUACCCUUCCAACGAGGAGAUUGCCGCUACUCUCCUGAAGAAGGUCCCCGAGGGUGUACACAACGUCCUCGUCGACUUCAUCUCAAGGUUAUACGCCGUCUACGUCGACUGCCAGUUCACCUACCUCGAGAUCAACCCCCUCGUUGUCAUUCCCAACGAGGACAAGACGUCUGCCGCGGUCCACUUCCUCGACCUGGCUGCCAAGCUCGACCAAACUGCAGAGUUCGAGUGCGGUGCCAAGUGGGCCAUUGCUCGCAGCGCAAAUGCCCUCGGCACACCAGCUGCGCCUGCAAAGGACGGCAAGACGACCAUCGAUGUCGGUCCCCCGAUGGAGUUCCCUGCUCCUUUCGGUCGUGAGAUGAGCAAGGAAGAGGCAUACAUUGCCGAGAUGGACGCCAAGACUGGUGCUUCCCUCAAGCUGACCAUCCUCAACGCCACUGGCCGUGUCUGGACCCUUGUUGCUGGUGGUGGUGCGUCGGUCGUCUACGCCGACGCCAUCGCCUCUGCUGGUUUCGCUAGUGAGCUCGCCAACUACGGUGAGUACUCUGGUGCCCCCACAGAGACCCAGACCUUCCACUACGCCCGCACCGUCCUCGACCUCAUGCUUAGGGCACCCAAGCACGACGAGGGCAAGGUUCUCUUCAUCGGUGGCGGUAUUGCCAACUUCACCAACGUCGCCUCGACGUUCAAGGGUGUCAUCCGCGCCCUCCGGGAAGUUGCUCCCCUUCUCAUUGAGCACAAUGUCCAGAUCUGGAUCCGCCGUGCUGGUCCCAACUACCAGGAAGGUCUCAAGAACAUCAAGAGCGUCGGCCAAGAGCUCGGCCUCAACAUGCACGUCUACGGCCCUGAGAUGCACGUCUCGGGUAUCGUGCCAUUGGCCCUCAUCCCCGGCAAGACGACGGAUAUCAAGGAGUUCUCUGGUUAA